UCCCUGCAUUCCGAUUAAUCCUGGGGCUGAUAUUCGUCCGACGAGGUCUCGGCGGUUCGAUUACAUCACUGUGAAACCCGCGUCAGUCCGACGCCGCCGCCGGCCGCCAAACAAAACAAACCCCACCAAAAAAGGACUUCCCAACCUUCCAAGUUCCAACCCCUCCUAUCCUAUAUAAUAACAACAGUAAACCCGGAUUUCUUGGACUUCUUGGGAUAGAAACACCACUUGAAAUUCGUUACAGAAGAAGCAGGACUAUAGAACAACAAAACUAUAAAAACAAAUACAACCUCGCAGCCAUGUCUCUCUCCAACAAGCUGUCUAUUAUCGAUGUCGACCUCAAGGGCAAGAGGGUGCUGAUCCGGGUCGACUUCAACGUCCCCCUCGACGAGAACAAGAAAGUCACAAACACCCAGCGCAUCGUCGGCGCCCUGCCCACCAUCAAGUACGCCAUCGACCACGGCGCCAAAGCCGUCGUGCUCAUGUCCCACCUGGGCCGGCCGAACGGCAAAUCAAACCCCAAAUUCAGCCUGAAGCCCGUCGUGCCCGAGCUGGAGAAGCUGCUUGGUGGUGGCCGCUCGGUGAUUUUCACGGACGACUGUGUCGGUCCCCAAGUGGAGGAGACCGUUAACAAGGCGAGUGAUGGGCAGGUGAUUCUGUUGGAGAAUCUGCGGUUCCAUUCCGAGGAGGAGGGGAGUUAUAAGGAUGACCAGGGGAAGAAGGUUAAGGCGGAAGCGGGGAAGGUGGAGGAGUUCCGGAAGGGGUUGACUGCGUUGGGGGAUAUUUAUAUCAACGACGCCUUCGGCACCGCCCACCGCGCCCACAGCUCAAUGGUCGGCGUCAACCUCCCCGAAAAGGCCGCAGGCUUCCUCGUGAAAAAGGAACUAGAAUACUUCGCCAAAGCCCUCGAGAACCCCACACGGCCCUUCCUCGCCAUCCUCGGCGGCUCCAAAGUCUCCGACAAGAUCCAGCUCAUCGACAACCUGCUCGACAAAGUCAACACGCUCAUCAUCUGCGGCGCGAUGGCGUUCACGUUUAAAAAGGUGCUCGACAACAUCAACAUCGGCAGCAGCCUGUUCGAUGAGGCCGGCAGCAAGAUCGUGCCGGACAUCAUGACCAAGGCGAAGCGGAAUAACGUCCGCAUCGUCUUCCCCGUCGACCACGUGAUUGCCGACAAGUUCGCGGCGGACGCGAACUCGCAGUACAAGACGGAUGCGGAGGGGAUUCCGGAUGGGUGGUGGGGGCUGGACUUUGGGGAGAAGAGCGUGAAGCUGUUCGAGGAGGCGAUUGGGGAGGCGCAGACGAUUUUGUGGAAUGGCCCGCCGGGCGUGUUUGAGUUUGAGAAGUUUGCUGGGUCGACGAAGGCGAUGUUGAAUGCGUGUAUUGAGGCGGUGCAGGAGGGGAAGAUUGUCAUUAUUGGCGGCGGGGACACGGCGACGGUUGCGGCCAAGUAUCAUGCUGAGGAUAAGUUGAGCCAUGUGUCGACUGGUGGCGGGGCUUCGUUGGAAUUGUUGGAGGGGAAAGAUUUGCCUGGUGUUAGUGCGCUGUCGAGUAAGUAAAGGGAUGUUUCCUUUCUUCUGCUCCUGAGUACAUUCCCUUCUUCUCUGUUUUACUUCAUUCGCAAAUUUAAACAUGGAGGUAUUUGGGUGUUCUGUGAUCCGUUUGUAGUGAUCGAACGCUAGUUUCCAGUCUGAUGUAAAUACUCCGUAUAUAAGGGGCUCUCAGCCCUAAAAAGGCCAAAUAUUACUUCCCAAGGUAAAACAUCAUCACUUCUUGAUGAUCCCUUUACACAACACACACCUCCAUUAUACCUACUCUGUAUUCCUUCACGGUAAACUAGAGAUAAAAGCCAGCAAAUAGAUACCACAACCCAAGCAAUGCAAAGUACCAUCUACACUCCCUAUUCUCCCCC